GUUCUCUCCUCUGGCCACUCGUUCAUCUCCAACUUGAGCAGAAGAGUUAUACGUCGUCGACAUCAUCAUCAUCAUCAUGUCUUCUGGUUUCUCCAGCCGCAGCUUCUCCGGUGGUGCCAGCUCUAUGAGGAGCGGUUCAGCCCUGAUUCUCGGAAGCUCCCGGAGCGUGUAUUCAGGAUCCGCAGGGUCUGGAAUGCGCAUCUCCACUGCUAGUUCAGGUUUCGGAGGUGGUUUUAACCUCGCCGAUGGCUUUGAUGCUUCGGCUAACGAGAAGCUGACGAUGCAGAACCUGAACGAGCGUCUGGCCUCCUACCUGGAAAAGGUGCGCACACUGGAGAAGGCCAACGCUGAGCUGGAGCUCAAGAUCCGCCAGUUCCUUGACGGGAAGACCUCACCUGCAGCCCGAGACUACUCUGCCUACUUUGCCACCAUCAGUGAUCUCCAGGUCAAGAUCCAGGGAGCCAUUGCUGUGAAUGGAGGACUGUACCUGAACAUCGACAAUGCCAAACUAGCUGCUGAUGACUUCAGAAUAAAGUAUGAGAACGAGUUGGCCAUGAGACAGUCAGUGGAGGCAGACAUUGGUGGGCUGAGGAAGGUUCUGGAUGACCUGACAUUGGCCAGAUCAGAUCUGGAGAUGCAGAUCGAGGGUCUGAAAGAUGAGCUCAUCUAUCUCAAGAAGAACCACGAGGAGGAGCUCCUGAUGGCACGCACUCAGAUGGGUGGACAGGUGAAUGUGGAGGUGGAUGCUGCACCACAGCAAGACCUGAUGGCCAUCCUGGCUGGAAUCCGUGAGCAAUACGAAUCUGCAGCCGCUAAGAGCCGCAAGGAGCUUGAAGUGUGGUUCCAGAACAAGAGUGAUGCAAUAAACAAAGAAGUCGCCAUCAGCACAGAAACACUCCAGACGUCCAAAUCAGAAACCACAGAACUUAAGCGCACUCUUCAGAGUCUCGAAAUUGAGCUUCAGUCACAGCUCAGCAUGAAAGCGUCUCUUGAAGCCACUCUUGCUGAGACACAGAAUCGCUACGCACAAAGGCUCAGCAGUUAUCAGGUCCAGGUAACGAGUUUGGAGGAGCAGCUGGGGCAGCUUCGUGCUGAUCUCGCUCGCCAAUCUCAGGAGUAUCAGAUGUUGCUAGACAUCAAGACCAGGCUGGAGAUAGAGAUCGCCGAGUACAGAAGGCUUCUGGAUGGAGAACUGACCACCGGCACCUCAACCAGUUCUUCUAGCUCCACCACACGAAAGGUGGUGAUUGUCACAGAGGAAGUGGUGGACGGUAAAGUGGUCAGCUCCUCCAGUACUACUGAGAGCAAGACCAUCGGCAAGUAAGCAUGCUGAGACUCUACACAGCAACAAGAAGAUUCGAACCCUGUGACAUGAUUCUCAAUGCUUACAAGGAGAAAUAAAGUCGAGUCAAAACA